CAAGGUAGCGAAGGUGUUUUGACAAAUCGUGGCGAGAAGGCGGAAGGAAAUAUGAACCUCUGAGCAGCACGGAGCUGUCACACACCCUCCCUCUAAACACCGCAGACACACACACACACACACACACACACUCAUACACACAUACACACCGUCGGGUACAAUAGAAGAGACGAGUUCGCCAAGGAGUAAAAGCCUGCACUCAUUUCUACUAUAUUUUACCAGGGUUCCUGAAUGUGACGCGACAACACUGAAAUAUAACGCCGACCCGCUAGAGGUAGGCUGAGUGCAGUGAUGUCCAGAUCCACAAAAUCAGCCUCGAGAUCUCGGAGCCGCUCGAGGUCCAGGUCAAGAUCCCGUUCCACCUCCCGCUCCAGGAGUCGCUCCAGGUCUCGGUCCAGGAAGCACCGCUAUAGCUCUAGAUCUCGGUCUCGGUCAAGGUCAAGAUCAAGAUCAAGAUCUUAUUCUCCAUCCUAUAACCGGGAGAAGAAAUAUCCGCGAGGUUACCAGAACAACCGGGACUUCCGGGGCUAUCACCGCGGCUUCCGUAGGCCAUAUAACUUCAGGGGUCGAGGACGGGGCUACUUCCCACGUGGACGCUACCAACGAGGUGGACGUGGCUACAAUAACAACAACUAUCAUCAGAACUGGAAGAAUUUCAGGCAGCAUCCUCAAAAACAGCAACAAAAUCAUCAGAAACAACAACAGCAACAGCAUUGGCAACAGAAACAACAUCAAAACCAUUCACAAGGACGCUCUCAGAAACACUGUGGGACCUCCCCUCAUGGUCAAUCUCACCAGUCCGACAAAUCCUGUUCUCCUUUAUCCAGACACUCGCAGCAUUCUUCUGCCUCAUCACACUCCUCCUCUCCUAAAUGCAGGCCGGCCUCCCUGCUCGCUAACCAAACCUCAAAAGAUGUGAAAGAUGAGCAGCUGGCUUCCAAGGACGUUCAAAAGGGAGGAGAGGGAGAGGAUGAGUCAGGGGAGCGUGUUGAGUUAUUGGCAGGAGAUGAUAUAGAAGGUGCUGGCGGUGGGAGAACUGAGGGGAACUGGAAAGGCCUGACAAACUACAGCAGCAGUCCAAAGAAAAACAGUCCGCUGGCAGGCUCUGCUGCUACUGUUGGUCAGAGCAGUCAAACGGCUAACCAGUCUAGCCCCACUAAAAACACAGGCAUCACACCCAAUGGCACCCCCACCUGGCAGAUGGUGUGUGGUUCAUCCUCGGCUAAAAAACCUUCAAAUGAAGGUCUAAAUCAAAUCCUUUCCAGCUUUGACAUCUCCAAAGAAGACUACCUGGAUAGAGAUAAAACAGCAAUCUCCAUUGCAUUCAGGAAGUUUUGGGAGGAAGCUAAAGCUAAAGCUAAAUCUGCUUCAGAAAAUGCCAGGAACGCAGAAGCAAACUGUAUGGAAAUGGAACAAGAGAAAGUAAAUGGCAAAGCUUCUAUAGUUGUCUCUGAUUCUGUAUCAAGAAAAUACAAAGAGGAUAAUGAUGCUGGAGUGUCUCUGAACAGCUUUUUCAAAGCCUCACCAUUUCUGUCUGCUGAUGGGGAAGAAGAGGAUGAGAUGAUCAUUAAGCCUCAAUUUAAAUCACUUCCAAAAAAUUGGAAUAAUGGAGAAGUGUCCUAUAAGCCAAAGACCAAGGUCGCUCCAUCAGCCCGAGAACAGUUUGAAGAGUGCUUUGCGAAAUGGCAGAAGUUUGCUAAUAGUGACAAAGAUGCCACGGCAGAGGAGCUUUAUCUCAGUGGAAAGCAGGAUAAAACAGCAGCCACUGCCGCUGCCAAAAGGGAGUUAACGGGAAAAUUCAAAGAACUGUCCCCAGACUUGAUUUGUAAAGCCAGGAAGACGGCAGAAUCUCUAUCUAUCCCAUCUCCUACACCACCAUUGCGGAGGAACUCUGACAGAGACACGUUUGAGGUCAGAGUAGAGGACCCGCCUGUCAUGUCCUCAAGAAAACAGGAAGCAAAAUUUAAUGUUAGAAUGGAUUUCCUUGGAGAUAGCCUGAUAAGUUCGUCAGAUAUUUUAGCUGAAGAGCGACAGUUGUCUCAGGACCUUGUACAGUCCUCUAAAAAGGAUCAGGAAUUUCGCUCCAUCUUCCAGCAUGUAAAGGCUGCACAGUUACAAAGAAGUCCCUCUGAGCUGUUUGCUCAGCACAUUGUCACCAUUGUUCACCACAUCAAAGCUCAGCACUUUCCAUCUUCUGGCAUGACUCUAAAUGAGCGAUUCACCUUGUACCAAAGACAAGCUGCAGAGAAGGAAAUGAUGAAACCAAGAAAAAGUCCAGAGAUACACAGGCGAAUCGAUGUUUCACCAAGUGCUUUUAAGAAACACCCUCAACUUUUUGAGGCGAUGAAAAGCUCAGAGGAUGGCACUUACAAGGAUGGAGGGGAAAAAAUCAAGGGUGACCCAAUGGACCUUCGCUUGGAUAUUGAACGCCGUAAAAAAUAUUCGACCCAUGAAAGAUAUUAUAACGAGGAUCAGGGAAGAGAUGCGGGAGAUUCCCCAGAUUCUAGCAGAGAGAGAUCUGUGGAAAACUUCCAUAAAUACCACAAGAAAUCAAAGAAAAGCAAGAAGAAGAAGAAACGUUCUCGCUCCACUUCAUCCUCAUCUUCCUCAUCCUCCAAAUCUAACAAAGAUGAAGGUUUACCCCAAGAGAAACCUGAUUCAAAAAAUGGAGACUUUAAUAAAAACCGACUGGGCCAAAGGGAAUCAUCAGGUUCAGCUGAAAGUGGACAUCCACAUGGAGGAUUUCAAGUAAGAAUACGUGGAAGGAACUGGAGCAAAGGGAACUAUCAGGGUAACAUUUCACACAGUAAUCCUGUAAGCAUGGUUGUACACCAAAAAAGUGAAGACUGGAACCCAGAAUAUACUCCCAAGAGCAAAAAAUAUUACUUGCACGAUGACAGAGAUGAAGAGUCAGAAUCCAAGUGGACAGACAAUCGAGGUCGAGGGAGGGGAAGUUUAACUCGCGGAAGAGCGAGGUUCCUUAUCCGCAAAGCCACUGGAGGCCCCAAUAUCAUCUAUCCAAAAUGGGGCCUCGAUAAAUUCCAGGUCAAUGACGAGCAAGGUGGCAUGCAGAGAGAAGAGACAGAACAGGACCAUAAAAGGGCAGAAGUUGAUGGAGAGAACAUCUGAGCAGCAAAGGAAUCUGCAGAAAAUCGUAUCUUCUGUGUUCUCACAAGAUCUGACUGAGUGAUUUUAUCCAAUGGAUCAAUAAAUGCAGAUUAAAUGUUUUAAGAUAUUCCUAUGAAACAUAUUACUUUGUUUUCAUUUCUUCAGACUUGACACAACCAUUUCCUUAUGGAAGCCCGUUUCCGCCACUAAAAAAAAAAAAAAGCUAGUA